AUGUCGGUCCUAGUAAAUGGAAGUCCAACGGAAGAUUUUCGGGUUUAUCACGGAUUGAGGCAAAGAGAUCCUAUGCCUCUUUUCCACUUUUCAAUUGUCACGGAAGCUUUUGCUAAAAUGGUGAAUAGGGCUUCUAAUAUGGGAUUGCUUAAGGGCUUUAAGGUUAAUGACGGUGCUAGUUACAACCUCUUACAAUUUGCAGACGGAUAUCAUCCAUUUGAGCGAUGGUGA